UGUAGUUGGCAUUUGUUUUGUUUGGCGGUUACUAGGAGUUACCGCUUAGCGGUGUCCAACCCAACAGUUUAGGUUUCAGCACAUUUUACAUGUUUCGUUGUUCGGUAUAACAUCGUUUAGCACACAAAGCCUACUAUUCCUACAAACUUUGGCAAAAUUUAAUCAUGUAGUGAGCAUCUGGUUUCUGAAAUAUUCUGUGAAUUUGAACAAAGUUUUAGAAUACUCUGUAAAUGUUGCGCGAUAGGCAAAGUGGCCUACUACAAUUACGCGUUUUAAUUCCACGGUGUUUACGUGUUCCGCUAUCGAUUUUCAAUCAGUAACAAUUUACGAUGAAAGCCCUAAUUUAGUAUGCCCAGUGAUAUAAUGUGCAAAUUAAAAAAGUUUUCGUUACCUUACGCAAAAUCAAAAUGUGAUCAUGCUGAAUAUAUUGAAAUGAGUGGAAGUGAUUAGUUGCGCUAUAGGGCAAUACAUCGAUGCGAUUUUUUUGUGGAUGUGAAGGCGUGUUGGAGAAAGCAUCUACAUGUUAAACGUGAAAAGAUUGAAUCCUCCGCAGAACUGUUCUCCCUCGGUCACAAAAACAGAAAAGCUACGAAACCAGCCAUCGAUCGAAGCCAAAACCAUUGUGGCGGGCUGUAUGGACAAAUGGUUUGGAGAAAAACGACUGUGGUUGUUUGGUAACCAUUUGCCAUUACUACCUCGAAGUAAUAUUCCUUUCAGAUGGACCUCUGGGGACUCGAGCGCAGGAAGUGCCCUGAAAGCAUUAGCAGAAAGAUCACGUGGAAGCAGCAGAAUGGAUCGAUACGAAAAACUGAGCCGUUUGGGAGAAGGUUCCUACGGAGUUGUCUACAAGUGCCGCGACCGGGACACCGGAUCACUGGUUGCGGUCAAGCGAUUCGUCGAGUCCGAAGACGAUCCAGCGAUACGGAAGAUAGCUCUCCGAGAGAUACGGCUGCUGAAAAAUUUGAAGCACCCCAAUUUGGUAUGCCUGCUGGAGGUUUUCCGGCGGAAACGAAGACUGCAUCUUGUGUUUGAAUUUUGCGAGCAUACCGUGCUACACGAGCUAGAGAGGCAUCCGGAGGGUUGUCCAGAUAAUCUUACAAAACAGAUCACAUUCCAGACUAUUCAGGGGGUUGCCUACUGUCAUAAGCAAGGAUGCUUGCAUCGUGAUAUCAAACCGGAAAACAUUCUCCUAACAGCUCAGGGUCAAGUAAAAUUGUGCGAUUUCGGCUUUGCACGAAUGCUAAGUCCUGGAGAAAACUACACCGACUAUGUGGCCACAAGAUGGUACAGGGCUCCAGAGCUGCUCGUAGGUGACACCCAGUAUGGAACGCCCGUUGAUGUAUGGGCCAUUGGAUGCGUGUUUGCUGAAUUGGUCCGCGGAGAUGCCUUGUGGCCCGGAAGAAGUGAUGUCGAUCAGCUCUACCUGAUAAGACGCACACUCGGUGAUCUUCUACCUCGGCACCUAGCAAUAUUCAAUCAAAAUGAGUUCUUCAAGGGUAUCACACUACCAGUUCCUCCAACGCUCGAACCACUGGAAACUAAGAUGCCACAACGCACCCUCUCAAAUCCUAUGAUGAUGGACUUUCUGAAGAAAUGCCUUGAUAAGGACCCCGCCAAGCGAUGGUCAUGCGAAAGGCUUGUAACGCAUCCAUACUUCGAAGAUUACGUUAGUAAGCAGAAAGAGAUUGAACAAACCAUCACGUUGGAGAAUCAGAAGCAGAGUAGUCGAGAUUCUAAAUCGAAAAUUUCCAACACUUCGUUACCACAAUUGCCGGCCACGCAAGAAUCCCGAGUACCACAGAAGAAUCUCUAUCUUCGUUCUGAUCACCACCUACCAACCAUUUAGAUAUUACGCUUUUUCGUAACUUUAUGCGGUGUUAUAGGUUAUAGAAUUCAUGUAUUUUGUAUGCCAUGUAUUAUUUUGUCAAUUGCUUAGUGAAUAUAGAGCUGUACCAAUACUCAUAGAACAUAUGAAGCAUAAAAAUCACUUACAAACCCCUA